GGAAAGUGAAGAAACUGGCUCAGAGAAUAAAGGACAGAUGGAGGGAGAGGAAAGGGAAUGGAGGAAGCCAUCCUGAGGAUGGAGAGACAGAAGAAGAGAGUGAGCGAGAGGAGAGAGAGUCACAGGCGACCAUAUGGUACGUAAGGCACCAGCCAAUCAACGAUGACACUUGUGGUGACAUACCCACUAAAAUGGAAGAGGGGGCUGUGUGUCAGACAUCAAUCAAAAGCCAAGACCCGCCCCCUCCUGAAGGCAGUCACGUGACUUUGGAACGGGUCUACAGUGGUCCCAUCGACUUGGCUGACAAAACUUUCACCCAGGAGAAGGGGUCCAACAUGCCCAAAGAACAUAGCUCCACCCCCAUGGAGGCUGCAAACCAAUCACAGACAGGAGGAGACAGCGAAACUCAGCAAAGCCAGAAUGAUGACCACUUAGAGAAAAUUAUUGCAGAGGACAGCCAGUUAAAAGACAGGGAAUUAAGAGCCAGCCAAUCAGGGUUUAGUGCGCCAAAGGACAGCCAAUGGGUCUGCAGAAAUGUGGAGCCAGACAACAUCAUGGAAGCAAACGGAGGUCGUAUUUCACCCCAGGAGGUGCAUGUGACCUCUCACCUACUCAACAGGAGGUCUGAUGACAUAUACGACUCGCUUGAGGCAUACAUGCCGCUGGAUGCAGACCAGUCACAAGGCUUAAAACCGGAGGCUCCGCCCCUUGACUUCUCCUGUGUUGAGUCAGGGGGACUGCUGGACAGCUCUGCUCUGAUUGGUCGGGCCCGUUUGAGCAGAACGCGGGAACACAGGCUUCCGGGAAGAAGGAGAGGAAGAGGAGAAGGGGCAGCUGAGGAGGAAGGAGUGGGGUUCUGGAUAUUCAGAGACUCCAUAGAGAAGGCAGUAGAGGACCUCAGAGAGGAAGAGCCAGGAAAAGAGGGGUGCUGGGCCGGUGUCUACAGGAUACCUCGCUCUGGCAUCCACACAGCCCCUCCCUCGUCCCCUCCCUCCACCCCCUCUGUACCUUACUUUCUGCCAUUUCCUGCAUGGAGGGGCUCCAGGCUACUACCCCCCUUCCCAGAAAGCAAGCUGAGAAAAACAUCAUCCCCACCCAUCAGUGGUCGUCCUGACAACUCUAGCACUGAGCCGUCUUGCCGCAGAAGGACCACGGCAUCGAAGAUGAAGACGAAGAGGAAGCAAUGA